GGGCUGCCUGUGACGAUGAACUUGCAUUCGGGGCAAUUAACAUGCUCCAUCAAGGAAAGCCUCGUUGGAAAAUCCAAGGUUGACGUAUUUGCAGUGCCACGCCACAACUCUGUAGCCCAUGCUACGCUCUUACGUCGCCUCAAGCCGGCUCUCAAUGGUGUCAACCUAUCCAACUGUUCAGCACAACUUGAUCCCUUCUCCGUCCGAUGCUCUGCAGCGUGGGGGCAAGUUUCGCGAACAAUGAGAACUUGCCUCGGCAGGCUGGAGGUCCUAGAGAUGGUGUACCUUGCAUCAACCAACUUGGGCAACACGGUCGCCGAUCGACUCCGGGAUAUGUCGAUCAUCGACUACACACUGUGCAACAAGGGGGGCAAGACAGCUCUCAACCAAUGGAGAGAGGCGGAUAUCCAAGACUUCAUGAUGGCGAUGUUGGGUGUGACGGCGAGAACAUGGGAAAUGAUUAUAAUAAAUCAUUCCACUUCAUCUCAGGGUUACUUCUUUGCAAUGCAUACUCUUUCUCUCAUACUUCUCCAGGCUUCGGCGGCCGUCGCCUACCCCUGGGUCUCUGGCCAGCCGGGUGUCAACUCUGGGCUCUUCAGAAACGCACGCACUGUUGAAAGACGCCAGGCCAACUGCCCUUUCAACCCUGUACAUAAGGGUGCCGCUCCAUACACUGCUCCUUACACCUACACUGGGGCCAAGAACGGUGUACCUGGUAGCCAAAAGGGUGGUAUCAAAGUCCCAGCAGACGGCGAUACGGCUCACGCCUACACUCCUCCCGGACCUAACGAUAUUCGUGGACCAUGCCCAGGUCUGAACGCUGCAGCUAACCACAACUUCCUUUCCCAUGAUGGUAUAACCAACUUCCAGGAGUUGGUCGAUGCCCAACAGAAUGUUUACAACGUAGGCUAUGACCUAGCUGUCCUUCUCGCAGUCCUUGGUAUCGAGGCUGGUGGUGACGUACUCUCUGGUCGCUUGAGUAUCGGUUGCGAUGCUACAUCUCGUACUGCGACGCUUCCUAUUCUGGGCACCCAGCCCGGUCUUGAUGGCCACAACAAGUUUGAGGCAGAUUCGUCGCUCACGCGUAACGAUUUCUUCCUCGCAGACGGGGACAACUACAGCUUUAACGGCACACUGUUCGCAGAGAUGAAGGCAGUCGCUGACAAGGUUUCUGGUGGAAACUUUGAUCGCAAUGCUCUCGCCGCAUACCGCAGCCAGCGGUACGAAGAGUCUGUUCAAGAGAACCCCAAUUUCUUCUUUGGACCCCUGUCUCUGUUGCUUUACGGAGCCGCCUCCUUCCUCUACGAACUCUUCCCCAGCUACGGCGACAAGGGCUCCUUCUUUGGAGCUGUCGAAGACUCGUCUGCACCAGGUGGCUGGCGUCACGUCCCCGAGCGCAUUCCUGACAAUUGGUUCUCGCGUGUCGAGCCCUACAACAACAUGGAUGUUACCAACGAGAUUCUGGCCCAGUAUCUCAAGUAUCCCAAGCUAUUCGGAGGCAACGUGGGCACGAACAACUUCGAUGCCUUGUCCACACCAUUCGAUAUUAUUGUCGACGGCAAGCUACCCAACGAUGUUACAACGGCGCAGCUGCUUUGCUUGCUUUACCAGCUGGGCGUCAUGGCUGUUCCCAGCACUCUGAGUACCGUCACUGACAUCACUGGUGCCGUGCUGGAUUUCGGUAUUGGAAAGCUGAACCCGGUGUUCAAGAACGCUGGAUGCCCCUUGAAGGUUGGCUAA